CCUAAUGCGUCUUUUUCCCAUCAUUCUAGAACUAGAAGUAUUGACUCAAAGCUUUGAUCGAAGAUUGACGCUCUAGACAUGGAGAAUACGGACGGCAAGUCGCCGACUGCAAUGCCAGACAGCUUGAUAUCACAGGCAACACUGCAAUACAUUGGCUACAAUGAAGAGAUUGCUGCGCAGUAUUGGAAGGAAUGGAGUGACUGGCCACCCGGCGAUAUUCUCCGCGAGCCAGACGACAGCAUUAGAGGCAUGCCCUUUAUCGACUUUGCCACAGGCCACAUUAAGCGCGGGCAAAUGGACGUGGUCGACGAAGAUGAUCAGGAAUGGUACCACCGCAUGGACAGCUGUGGAAUAGCAAAAGAGCUCCAAGACGCCAUCAUGGAUCCUGUCUUCAAACGCAUCCGCCUGACUGAGUCGUGUUUCCUCUGGAUUGCCGACACGAUGCGGAUGCGCUACCGCGGAUCUACAUCUCCCAGUAUGGAACGAGUCACCGCUUUGUCGCCUGCAGCAGAGUCGGCCAGCCAUGCCCCGGGCUAUACUAUCGUCUUCAAAACCGUAGACGAGGCGCGGAUCAGCGGACUUCAUGACAGCGACGGUAAAGUAAUCAACCUCCAGUCGCUCAUCUCAAGCGCCCCAAGUGACUUCCACCGCUCUGAGAGCGCCUUUUAUUUCACCAUCGACAGAGAAAUUGCUGUCUACUACGCGAACUACGCCAAACGCUGGAACAAGGUUGACUCAGUCGUGAUUGUUCAGAUGGCCAUACCCAAUUCGGCUAUCGAGAGUCUUUCGGAGACCGAGCGUCUCCGCGUCUACUGGCCCAGCGCUGAAUGGAAGAAUCUCGUCUUUCACUGCCGCACGAACACUCGCCUGCCCUCUGACUUCGCAAGUUCAGACAGGCUACGCUUGCCCAACAAGGUCUACCGGAAGCUUGACUCAGCUGAACAGAUCACUGAGCACAUGGUACUGAGGACUCGAGGUGGACGCCAGGCUAUCCAGUACGUCUGGCCUGUUGAGGGUGGUGAAGAGUUCUUAGAGGAGCAUGGUAUCCAGAACUUGAAGUUUUUCCCUCUUACCGCGAGAGAGCACGAAGAAUGGUACAAGAAUGAGCUUCUGGGUAGAUCUUGA